GGCCGCGGGGGCCACAGAGUACCCGGACCACUUCCAGGUGAUACUCCAGCGCCUUGAGCGGCCAUUGGGCGACCGCGAAGGACACUUCCGGUGUCCAGGUGCUCGCCUCUCCGGCUGGAAGAUGAAGAUGGAUCCCCGCCUCGCCACUCGUGCCUGGCCCCUCUGUGGGAUGCUGCUAGCUGCGCUCGCCUGCGUCUGUGCCAGCGGCCCCCGAACACUCGUGCUGCUGGACAACCUCAAUGUGCGGGACACGCACUCGAUGUUCUUUCGCAGCCUGAAGGACCGGGCCUUUGAGCUCACCUUCAAGACUGCCGAUGACCCCAGCUUGUCCCUCAUUAAGUACGGAGAGUUCCUCUAUGACAACCUCAUCAUCUUCUCCCCCUCCGUGGAAGAUUUCGGAGGCAACAUCAACGUGGAGACCAUCAGCGCCUUCAUUGACGGUGGUGGCAGUGUUUUGGUGGCUGCCAGUUCUGACAUUGGUGACCCUCUUCGGGAGCUGGGCAGUGAGUGUGGGAUUGAAUUUGAUGAGGAGAAGACGGCUGUCAUUGACCAUCACAGCUACGACGUCUCAGACCUCGGCCAGCAUACGCUUAUCGUGGCUGAUACUGAGAACUUGCUGAAGGCCCCAACCAUUGUUGGGAAGUCAUCGCUGAACCCCAUUCUCUUCCGAGGAGUUGGAAUGGUAGCAGACCCCGACAAUCCAUUGGUUUUGGACAUCCUCACAGGCUCUUCAACCUCCUACUCCUUCUUCCCAGAUAAGCCCAUCACCCAGUACCCCCACGCAGUGGGGAAGAACACUCUCCUGAUUGCGGGGCUCCAGGCCAGGAACAAUGCCCGGGUCAUCUUCAGUGGCUCCCUGGAUUUUUUCAGCGAUGCCUUCUUCAACUCGGCCGUGCAGAAGGCCACACCCGGCGCCCAGAGGUAUUCUCAGACAGGCAACUAUGAGCUAGCUGUGGCUCUCUCCCGCUGGGUGUUCAAGGAGGAGGGUGUCCUCCGAGUGGGGCCUGUGUCUCAUCAUCGGGUGGGCGAGACGGCCCCACCCAAUGCCUAUACUGUCACCGACCUGGUGGAGUACAGCAUCACGAUUGAGCAGCUCUCCAAUGGCAAGUGGGUCCCCUUUGACGGUGAUGACAUUCAGCUGGAGUUCGUGCGCAUUGACCCCUUUGUGAGGACCUUCUUGAAGAGGAAAGGUGGCAAGUACAGCGUCCAGUUCAAGCUGCCUGAUGUGUAUGGUGUGUUCCAGUUUAAAGUGGAUUACAAUCGGCUAGGCUACACACACCUGUACUCCUCCACCCAGGUGUCAGUGAGGCCACUGCAGCACACACAGUAUGAGCGCUUCAUCCCCUCAGCCUAUCCCUACUAUGCCAGUGCCUUCUCCAUGAUGGCCGGGCUCUUCAUCUUUAGCAUCGUCUUCUUACACAUGAAGGAGAAGGAGAAGUCUGAUUGAGCUGAACCUGGGACUCCAUACAGCAGAGACGGCAAGAGGAUUCCACUGGAACCGAUGGGCUGGGCUUUUGUCGUUGUUUUAAAAAAGGCCAUGGGAAAGUGGCACAGCCUUACCUCAGUGAUGAUGACUAUGGGGUGCGGGGGGGACAUCUUUCUUUACUCAGUGAGUGAGGAUGACUAUGGGGUGGGGCGGGGAACAUCUUUUUUCUCAAGUUUUCCCACUUUGAAUCACUGUGGCAUUUUUCCUAUGUGCAGCCACCCCAUUUCUAAAAUAAAGAGAACCGCUGCCCUCACCCAUCCCCUGGCCCCCACGUCAUGAUG